CAGAAAGAACCCGGCCUUGUGACAUCAUCAGCCCUGAGUCUCUCUAUCUCUCUCUCUGUGAGGUCACACACAGGAAUCUCUUUUUUUCUUUAUCCUUCAGCAGUCUGUAUAAAACCUGAUGCCAGCCAAGCAACUUAUUCAGACUACCAAGUGAAUUCUUACAUGGAAACUACCCCCUUUAUGCUGCAGAGCUUUUCAUUUUUUUGUUGUUGUGCAUCAAAUAUUUUCAGUGUGUGUGUGUUUUGCCGGUAACAGCUGAUACGAGCAGAGCAUCACAAAUUCUCUUUGUUUCCAACUGCUGCAUACCUACCAAUUCGGAUUGCUACAUCUUUGUGAAUACUCUUAAUUUGGAUAUAAGCCUGUAUUUUUUUUAUUCUCCAUCCUUUAAUUUAUUGACUCAGCGCGUAGCAAGGAUUUAAAUGAGUGGGGCACAGACAGACGCAGGAUUCUAGGGAUUUAAACCUGACACAUGAGAAGCUAGAGGAUCGCUGCUGAACAGUGAGCUGUCGCUGUCGUUGCGGGUACCAUCUGCUGUCGGCACAGCUGCAGUGCCUCUCUUCGGCCAGGGAUUUUCUCUUUUUUAGUUCGGAGGUUUUGACGAAUCGUGGCAGAGACGGCGGUCUGAUGCGCCAGGUAACCAGCACGGCGGGAAAUUGCAUGAGUCGGUCGUUGGUCAUGGGGCAGAAAGUGUCCGGGGGCAUGAAGCAGGUCGCGAGGGAACCCAACUUCAAGUCGCUGCAUCGCGAGCUGACCUACAGCGGCGAUCUACAGAAGCCAAACAGAUUGGACAUGUUGCUGGACAUGCCCGCUGCUGACAAGGACACGCAGCAGAAGUUCGCAUGGAACGAGGAAGAUAGAUCAUUGAAUAUAUUCGUGAAGGAGGACGACCCGCUGACUUUCCACAGACACCCUGUUGCGCAGAGCACGGACUGUAUACGCGGGAAGGUUGGUUUCUCGCGGGGACUGCACGUUUUUGAAGUCACAUGGAACUCUAGGCAGAGGGGAACGCACGCCGUGGUCGGUUUCGCCACCGCCAACGCACCCCUUCACUGUGUCGGUUACCAAUCGCUGGUCGGGAGUAACUCGGAAUCAUGGGGCUGGGACUUGGGACGAAAGAAGCUCUUUCACGACUCUAAGCACAAAACAGGACACCAAUACCCACUCGCAGGACAUUCGGAAAACUUCAAUGUACCAGAUACCUUUCAAAUGAUCCUUGAUAUGGACGAAGGAACCCUUAGUUUUUCUGCCAAUGAUCAGUUUCUUGGGAUUGCAUUCCGUGGACUCAAGGGAAAGAAACUCUUCCCAAUUGUCAGUGCCGUUUGGGGACAUUGUGAAAUCACACUCAAAUAUUUUGGAGGACUAGAACCCUCACCUCUUCCACUUCAGGAUCUGUGCAGGCGCUGUGUCCGUGUAUCAGUCGGCAAAGAGCAACUGGAAAACGUCUAUCAACUGCCCCUACCUAACAUGGUGAAACGCUACCUCCUCUUUCAGUGAACAAACACAGACUGACUAGAAAACAACUCUAAAAUCAGAUCCAAUCCGUCCUGGGUGACUUCUCUGUGUUUUUACGAAAGAAAUCAUAGCUGAAAAGUUGAUUGUUUUUUUUAAAUAACACGGUUGAUGUUGACCAAAUUUUGUGUAAGCUCCUUGAUGACAUCUCCAAGGGCGAGAAGACUCCACUAUUGCGAGAUGCCAAGAAGUGGCUUUCCGCGAAUGUAGGUGGACAAGUGCACGCAACUUAAAGGGACGUGUGUUCUAUGCGAGGAUAAUCGCUGCUUUUAUUUAUUACCUAGAGAACAACUGCCAUCUUGUGCCAAUCUGUGCCUCAUGAAGUUUGAUUCAGGGUCCGCAAACCAUGUCGAUGAACCACCGCUGUUCUUCCGUCACUCGUGACGUGCCCUCCCGCUGUCUGGUGCAGACAUGGGAUGGCUGUAUCCCUGUGAAGUUUGACAACUCUUGACUGUCCAACCUUGCUUACCUAGGACAAGGCAAUGCUGUAUCCCUGUGAUGUUGACAACUCACCGACAGUUCGACCUUGCGUAUCCUAGAACAGGAGAUCCUGCUGAUUGUCCACUCUGAAACCCUGUUGGACUACGACCGGUCACCAUGAAUCCUUGUCUCUCCAGUGGUUGCAGCAACGUUAAAUUGAUAAUCACUGAAAUAACUGUUUAAAGUGUACACCUAUGCUUAUACAUCCGACCGAAGCGUGACCUCAAUCACCAGGUCAGGAUGCUAGGAAGACAGUCUCUGCAUACAUAUAUCUUAUUCAUAUACCAGAACUGUCUGGAAUUUGUGUGAGAAGUCAGCAAUCAUCUAUGUAAACUUUUCUGUUGAAAUAUUAACUGGAUGUCUCAUUAAGAAGCCUUCAUUCGAAGUAAAGUGCUGAGAAAGUUAUCUGCAACUUGCUUAUGGACACUGCCCAAGAUUUUGGCAAUAUACAGUCCUCAACAAGUGUCCGUCUGUAGAGCUAUCUUUCUUUUCCUAGUUUGGUGAAGUGGCACAUUACAGAUCUCUUACAAACACUUUCCUAAUAGUUAUCCUUCUGGAAUGUGACAGGAAACCUGGUUAUGGUUUCCAUUUUAAAGAUGUAUAAAACAAAAGUGUGUGAUAAUAAUAUGUUGACUUAUUUGUAACUUCGAUAAAUGGCCCCACUCUUGAGGUCGCUUGGGUCAGCAAGUUUGUGACUGAAGAAACCAAACAUGGACAAGUUCGUUUGGCUUUCUACUUCUUGUCUAAUAGAGCAGUUAUGAAUUUUAACACUUGAUACUCUAUUAUGCUCAGAUGAAAUUUUCAAGCUUUUUACUUCCAAAUUAAUGAGAAGACCUUAUUUAAAUACCUCAAAUGAAUUGAUAUCGUGGAUUUUUAAAAAAAGUUUAUGAUCAAGUAUUCAAGGAAUUUUGUAAGAAAUGACCUGGAUGAACAAACAAAUCAAAUUUUCAUGAUAUGCAAUUUUCUCCUUUUUCCUGAAAAUUCCAUAAAUUUGAAGAUCAUGAAUUCCCAUAUUGAAUACAAUCUGCAUUAUGAAUUGAAAUGCUGCAAUUCUUUUACUUUUCAAUGUGCAACGUUAACAUAUACCUUUUCUUAUAAUGUAUUAAUAUUUUGUUUUCUUUGAUAAAAAAAAAACGAAGACUGGAAAUCAAUCAUUGAUGAUAAACUGUAGCUACAUAUACAUAUAGAUUCUGUCGCAUGCAGUAAUACAUGUAGUCCUUCUGUAAAUCAUUCAAAAUAUAUCUAUAUCGAUUAAGAACAGUACUUUAUGUAGGUAAAGUGAUGCAGGCAUGGUUGGUACAAAGAACGUGCCGAUAAUUUACUGACUGGCUAUUCCUGUAAAUAAGGACACAUUUCCAUAUUCAUGCCUUACUUUAUUAUACGAUGUGUGACUGACGAAUGUGCUGCAAAAGAACCGAAGAAUAUAUUCCGACACCUGCGUGAUUAUUCCAUGUUACCCCUGAAAACGUAGUCCUAGAGUAUUACACACAUGUAUAUCUCUCAUAUUCAAACAUUCACGUAUGAGUAUAAGUUUACCCUAAUCAUACAAAAAUAUCUUAAUUUUAAAUUAGUAUUAUGUGCCCUCCCCCCUUGAAAAAAUUCUCUACCGGAUCAUUUUCUUCCGGGAGUAAAUAGGAUUUUUUUUUAAGUAACCCCAAUAGGAAAACGUGCAAUGGCUUUAUGAUUGGGAAGGAAAUGUCUAGAUUCAUAUAUUUCAGUGCAGAAAUGGUUAGAGUUGAAUAAAUCAAGGUUAUCAAUGUUUGAGGAACAAUUGGCCUCUCUUUUGAAGUUUGCAAUAUUACAUUCAAACAACGGACCAUACUAAUCUCUUUCCUGAUACGUUUCUUUAGUGAUAGCAUGUGGACUUCGGAUGGUCCCCGAUUCCUUGUUGUUUUCCAAAUAUAUGUAGAGAGAAUUUAUCAAGUAAUAGGUUGCCCAAUAUGGUUUCUUUUGGUCAACAAAUUUUCUCUUUAAGGUAAUAUGCACAACCAUUCUGCCUUGGUUUGGCUACAUUGUCAGCCGCCACGAAUCUACUUGCAAUCCAACCUUUUAUACUAUUUUCUAUGGGUGUACAGUGUAGUGCAGAAUACUUUUGUCACAGAACAUACAUUUCGAGUAGAAGAAUACAUUUUUUUUGCAUAUUCAAGUAUUUAAAAUGUAUGUAUUAUAACUGGAGUCUUCUUCAUCUUUUUAUUAUGUUCCAUAUUUUUAUUGUUAAAAGCCUUUCAUUGCUAUUUAUUGGAUCGUUGGAUCCGUAUAUUCUGGCUGCUCCUUUAAAGGUAUUUUUUUUCUAUAUUCUUGUUUAAAUCUUGAACUGAAGACGUAAAUGGUGCUAUAAAAUACUUGUAUCAUUGAUGUGUGGAAUGAAUGCUGUUACCAUGGUAACCUUAGUUGAAAAAAAAAACAUGAUUGCGUUCAUGCAGUACCACGCAACACAGUGCAAUAGUUGUAAUAUCAAUGAGAGCAGGUAAUUAACCGCAGAGGUUACAAUCAUGAGCAUUUAAUUUAAAUCCAGGGUUGUUGAAGGUUUAAGACCUAAACUCUGUUAUAAUUUUGAAAUGUUUUAAGAUGAAUCAUGAGAGCCAUGAAAAUGGUUUCAUUCUCAGAAAUUUGUUUUUUUUUAUAACGGUUCUAAAUUCUGAUUACUUGCCAGAGCAGAAUACAGUGUUCCAGGGUUUGAUAUCUUUUUUAAACAUAAUGUGUGUGGCUAUUUGGAGAAAAAAAAUGUGAUUUUGUCUGUAACGCAGAAACCUUUUAGAUCAUUGUGGCUCUUUUACUAUUUAAAAGCAAUACUAAGGCAGAGAAAUUAAUAUUUUAUCAUUAAUACCUCGGUCACAUUUGCUCUAUGGCGGCCGUACGGCGAGUCAAAACCGACCGUUUUAUUCAUUUUUAUUGAAACCACCUAUAUUUAGCUGGUACAAAAACUGUUGAAACAGCUGUUUCCGACUUGCCGUACGGCCGAUGUAGAGCAAAUGUGACCGAGGUAUUAGCGCUAAUGAAAUUUUAUUGGAAGUAGUUGUAACUAAAUGAAACUACAUAUACCUAUAGGUACAUGUCACAUGGGGUUCCACAGGGGUAUCUUUUACACCCAUUCUUAUUCAUCAUCAGGAGUACAUUAUACAUAUAUCUUCACACCAAAUAUAGUAGCUCCAUGAUAUUAACCUAUCCUGUGAUGUGACCACCACCCCUUGUUUACACAGUAUUAAUACCGAUCUUCAAAUUGGCAAUUUACUUCUGCCCCAUGUCAUAAACGUUUCUUGUGAGUAUACGUAGUACAUGUCACCAAUAUAUAUUGUUUGUGCUGCUCCGUGUCGAUAAGACACUAUCAGGGCCUUGCAUGUUUCAGAUAUCUGAUAAUCAUUUCUUCUUUUCUUCUGUUUCAAAAUUAUCAUUUGGGUAAUAUUUAUCAAUACAUGUAUUGUAUAUUGCGUCUUUGGAAAAUGAAUAUUGUUUUUCUUUGUGUUGGAAGGAUGUCCCUAAUAUUCCAUCUUGGGGGGAAAUAUGCCGCUAUUUGUUUACGUGUUACAUGUUUUUAAGUUAUUGAUAUGUGUUUUAUAUAUAUAAAUGUAUAAAUAUUAUCAUCAUCACAGGAAUGAUCACUACGAUUGAGUCAUCAAAUUUGUCUGCAUUUGUCGUCGUUGAAAUAAAUUAAAACUGUUUGAAAUUUUGUGGAUAUAUAA